AUGCCUCCCAACGCAACCAACCACACCUCGUCGCACCCCGUCCGAGCAUCGCAGAAAGUCAAGCAGUUCUUUGGCAUCCCCCUGAAGUCGCAUCCCACGACAGUCGAGGAAAAGGCCGACGAAGCCACUGACCUCCUGUGUUACCAAGGAGAUCGCCAAGAAGUUAUUAUCAUUAAGCAUUAA